GGCGAAGUGUGAUUCGAAGUAAAUAAAAACCAAAAUUGUUAUUCGUUAUUUCGCUCGCAAAUUUUACAGAAAUUAGGAAGUAUGGAAGAAAGUUCUGCGGAAAAUCCCGCAUCACCGGCUAAUAAUCGAACAUCAGUUCACGACGGAGAUGAGCCACAGCCCAUGAACAGUCCGACUCCAUUAGUAAUUCUGUCACCUGACUUGCAGCCAUCUGGAUUGAUUUAUAGGGAACCUUCUAAGGUUUCGAUCAAUCACAAGCUUUCCACUGAGUUUGGCUUCAAAAGAAGCUCUUCUCGUGGAUCAUUCGGUCCAAACGCAAUGGACCGCGAAAACUUCCGCAAACUUCGAUGAGUCAAGCUUAUCAAGACAUCAGCCCCAAGUUUUGCCUACCCGCAGUUCUCCUAGAAUUCGCUGGCAUCAUGUUCACGGCUUUCU